AUUAUAUAAAAUUUAUAAUGGGAAUCUGAUGGUACAACUUUGGCAUGGGAUUGGAUUCAUUGGAUAGACAAAAAUUCUACCUGAAAAAUCAGCUUGAUUUCGACGCACGCAAUUAUCAUAAGUAGCGUUGUCGAUGAGGUUAGGGUUAGGGUUGGUGCUAAAUCCGAAGUUUUCUCUUCACUCUCUUCCUCUGAUUCCCACACUCAUCCCUUCUCUCCUCUCUCACUCCCCAAUUCUUCCACACAGGAAUUUACUGGUUUCAGGAAGGAAGAAUUUAGUAAUACGUGCUCAAAGUGUUGACUGUAAGAGUGAGCACCAACUAAGUGACUCGAUGGAUCUGAGGAAAGAAUUUCCGGAGUUAAAUAGGAACCUUUAUCCAGAUAUAGAGCCGUAUAGUACGGGCUUCUUGAAGGUUUCGGAUCUUCACACAAUCUACUGGGAGCAAUCAGGAAAUCCGAAUGGGCAUCCAGUUGUUUUUGUCCAUGGAGGCCCAGGAGGUGGAACAUCACCAAGUAACCGGAGAUUCUUUGAUCCUGAUUUUUACAGGAUCGUUCUAUUUGAUCAGAGAGGUGCAGGUAAGAGUACGCCCCAUGCUUGCUUAGUGGAGAACACCACAUGGGAUCUAAUUGGAGACAUUGAAAAGCUAAGAGAACAUCUGGAAAUUCCAGAAUGGCAGGUGUUUGGUGGGUCAUGGGGAAGCACACUUGCUCUUGCAUACAGCCAAGCACAUCCUGAUAAGGUUACUGGCAUUGUCCUUAGAGGGAUCUUUCUGUUGCGGAAAAAAGAGAUUGAUUGGUUUUAUGAGGGUGGUGCUGCUGCUGUUUACCCUGAUGCUUGGGAGCCAUUUAGAGAUCUUAUUCCAGAAAAUGAAAGGGGAUGUUUUGUUAGUGCGUACAGCAAGAGAUUAAACUCUGAUGACAUUGAUACACAAUAUGCAGCUGCUAGAGCAUGGACCAAAUGGGAAAUGAUGACUGCUCAUCUUCUUCCAAAUGAAGAGAAUAUCAAGAAAGGGGAUGAUGAUAAGUUUUCAUUGGCAUUCGCAAGAAUUGAGAACCAUUACUUUGUGAACAGAGGGUUCUUUCCUUCAGAGUCAUUCCUGUUAGAUAAUGUUGAGAAGAUAAGGCAUAUUGAUACUGUAAUUGUACAGGGAAGAUAUGACAUGUGCUGCCCCAUGAUGUCGGCGUGGGAUCUUCAUAAAGCUUGGCCAGAGGCAGAUCUUAAGAUUGUUCCAGAAGCAGGACACUCUGCUAAUGAACCAGGAAUAGCAGCAGAACUAGUUGCUGCAAAUGAGAAGCUGAAAAACAUAAUCAAGAAAAACGGGUCCUAGAAUGGCUAGGUGCAGCACACAUCACAGCAAAUUUGCAGCAAUCUGGCUUAAUCAUAGUCCCCGAUUAUAACCCAUAAAAUGUGGGGAUACUCUCCAAUGAUGUGUUUGAUAUCUACAAGAGAACUCGCUAUGAAUAAUCUGUUUUUUUUUUUUUUUUUGCCUUUGAGAAUAUGACCUACGUGGUCAACUUUGCCCAUUUGAAAAGAUGAAUGAUAAGGAGCCUUUGAUGAUAUCAUAAAUGCACAGAAAUAAAUUGGUUCCCUUUCUACUUGGCA